GGGGAUGUCUGUUGUGUUGUACUAACUGCUCUCGGAGGACCGAGUGACGUAGCAGGUCUUACACAAGCAGGCAGGUUAACACACGCACAGAGGAGGACAUUCUACAGCUUCACGCGACGCGGAAGCACCGUUACUCCACCGACAAUAAGGGUCCCCGGUGUAAUGUCUAGUAUAGGGGGGAGCUCUCAUUUGUCUUGCACACGAUGCUUGUCAAGUUCGAUUGCGACUGCAGCAUCUCCCGUGAAGAGAGUUUCUAUCGAGGGAAACAUUGCUGUUGGUAAAUCUAGCUUUGCAAAACUCCUUCAGUCUGCUUGUCCAGACUGGGAAGUGAUGACAGAGCCUGUCAACAAGUGGCAGAACAUUGAGGGUGGGACCUCAAAGAAGGAGAAUGCACCGGCCCAGUCCACAGUCAGCAACCUGCUGCAGAUGAUGUACCAGGACCCUCAGCGCUGGUCGUACACGUUUCAAACUCAUUCCUGCAUGAGCCGGCUCAGAACACAGCUCCAGCCCCCCCCAGCUCGCCUGCUGCGCUCUGAGGGAACACCUGUCCAGGUGUAUGAGCGCUCCAUCUACAGUGACCGAUACAUCUUUGCCUUGAAUAUGUUUGAGCUGGGCUGCAUCAACUCAACAGAGUGGGCCGUCUACCAGGACUGGCAUUCCCUUCUGGUGGAGCAGUUUGGACACCAGGUGGAGCUGGAGGGCAUCAUUUACCUCAGAGCCUCUCCUGAGAAAUGUAUAGAGCGCCUGAAGCGUCGGGGAAGGUCAGAAGAGAAGGAGGUGAAACUGGAGUAUCUGGACAAGCUGCAUGCUCAACAUGAGAGGUGGCUGGUGGAGAAAAGCACAGAGAUACAUUUUGAGAGGUUGAAAAACAUACCCGUCUUACAUCUGGAUGCCAGUGUGGAGUUCCUGACCGAUCCAGAGGUGCAGCAGCAGUUUACUGCAAAGGUGAAGAACUUCUUCAAUACUUUAUGAGACGAUGGUCAUCUACUGUCAACUGAGCCUCUUUCAUGAAUGGGAGAUUUACAGAGGAAAAAAUAAAUACUUUUUUUUUUCAUAAGCUAAGGCCCCCACAGGACCACAUCAAUGAAAUGGAGUUCGGUUUUACCUGUUUUUGUGCACGUUUACUUUUCAAUACUGGGUUAUUCCAUCCAAAGUUAUUGAACUGACAGUGUAGUUUUAUGUUCUGCAGAAAUAGUCCUUUUUUCUAACAACAUUGCCUGUAUUUGAAUCACUUUAGGGUAAAUGACUAUGAUUUUAAAACUACCAUUUAACCACAUGCAUACUGUGAACAGCAGGAAAUCAGGUGUGUGCUUUCUAUAUUCCUCAUUGGCUGUAACAACUGGAGAUUUGUUGCAUCUUGUUGAUAAUAAAAAAUGUAAUUACCUC